CUAGACUGUGGGCGCAUGCGCAGUCUCAUUUCUGGCCUGCGCUCCGGGCUUUGCCUUCGCUGCUGAUCCUCGCUGCGUGAACUCGCUUGUUCUUUUUCACUUCUCUUCCGGUUUCCCAACUCUGAAUCUAUGCUUUGUCUCUGAUGCAUUUCCCCAACCUGUGAUUUCCCUGUUUCCUUCCAGGGUCUCACCUUCUCAAGUUGAACCCCUUGUCUCUCUGUCUGACCUUCUUUCUGCUUGUUCAACUUGCUGCUUUUUGGACCCAUUUUCUUCGGGUUAUUUAUUCCCUGAUAACCUGCGCCCCUUUCUUGCAUUCUUUGCCUCCGGAGGCGUCUGUACUUUUUCUUCGAGGCCCUCUGCCCUCUGCGUGCCUCUAGGGAUUUCAACUGUUUCCAGGACUCUUAAUGGUAGCCUUCCCCCGUUUCCCUAACACCCAUUUCACACUUUCCCUCCCCAUCCUCUCUGUAUGAUCCCUUUUCUCUGUCCAUCCCACCCUGUCUCCUUUUCUUUCAUUCACUGUUUUGAGUGCCUCACUCCUCAUUUCCUGCCUUUUUGCUGUGCUGUCCCUGCUGGUCCUUUGUCUCCCUGCAGGGUUCCAGUCCAUCAGGUUGCUUCUCCUCUCUGUAGAUUUGUUUUUUUCGUAGGGGUAGCAUCCCCUCUGACCACUCCAUCCUUUGUUCUUUCUGGGUUUCAUUUCAAGUCUGUUCUGAUUGUGUCUCCACUUGUGCUUAGGUUGUUCUAUCCUGUCGUUUUGUCUCAAGGGCUGGUGUGUGCGAUUUUCUCUGGGUAGAAUAACACCUCUGUGUAAACCUUUAUUAGCCUUCAUUUCCCCUUCCCAUGUCCCUUCUUUUCUGUGGACCUUAGCCUCUUUGCUGCAGUAUUCUGGGCCACAAACCCUGUGGAUCUGUGGCAUUCCAGGCUUGAAAAGUGACCUCCAGCUGGACUGCUGUGCAGGGAGCCAUAUUAGAUAAAAUUGAAAGACUCAAGAGUUCAACAAAUUGUGGAAGAUCGUGUAGCUGAAACAGUGACCCAGAAGUGGGUGAACAGAGAAUUUAGGGACUGCCAAGAACUGAAUUUGGAACCCACGCUGAAAUUGGUUCCAGACUGACUUUUAGCAUACAGGACCCAGACACAGGACCAUGGGAUCCCAGCAUUUGAGACCUGUGCAUCUGCUCUGCCUCCUAGGGGCCAUCUCUUCUCUACCUUGGGCUGAUACUCUUUUGUGCUAUGAAGCAAGAGCCUCAGCAUUCAGAGCUGUUACCUUCCAUAACUGGAGGUGGCUUCUGAUGAGGAGCAUGGUGUGUAAGCUGAGAGAAGGCUGUGAGGAGACACUAGUGCUCAUUGAGUCAGGGACCAGAAGGGGAGUUGUGGGGUUUAAAGGCUGCACUUCAAGCUUAUCUUACCAUCAACAAGUCUCCUACCUUGUUUCACCUCCUGGAGUGUCCAUUGCCUCCUAUAGUCACGUUUGCCGGACCUUUCUCUGCAAUAACCUCACCAACUUGCAGCCUUUUGUGAGGCUCAAGGCCAAAUCUGCUAAGUCUACCUCAAGUUCUUCGAAUACUUGCCCAACGUGUGUGGGCAGGCACAAUGAGGAGUGUCUUCCAAAUUUUGUCUCCUCUGAGACUUGUCCCUCUGUUGCCCAUAGCUGUUUCAGUUCCACCUUCAAAUUUCAGGCAGGGACGCUCAAUACCACCUUCCUCAUCUUGGGCUGUGCUCGUAAAUAUCAGAAUCUCUUAUCAGAUUUUCAUCAUAUUGGAAGUAUCAAAGUGACUGAGGUCCUCAACAUCAUACAGAAGUCCCAGACUGUUGGUGCGGGGCCCUCUAGUCAAGAUCCUUCUUGGGGAAUUCUCUUAGGCCUCCUGCUUGUCUUCAGGUACUGACCAUCCAGCUGUAUCAACGCCCAGACCCCUUUGAUUAACCAAAUAAAGUUGUAGAGUUACCCUUG